CGUCAACGUCUGAGCCUCGUUCGGAGCGCUGAGCCCUGUUCGACGGGCGCCGUGAGUCAGUGUGGAGUCGCGGCCCAGUGGAAACAUCGACCCACAACGAGAGCUGCAGUCAAAGGAUUCUACAAAUUCUCAAAGAGAAGAAGCUCUGUCUGUUUCUUGUCAGCCCUAUCACAACCCCAAACCUCAGGCAUUGCUCAAUAUCCUUUCCCCAGUCUGAAUGUCGAAGAAGUACAGACCCUUGGCUUUUACAAGAAGACAGAACAAGGACUGAGUGAAUCUUCACAGCCUGAGCUUGCAUCAGUGGGCUCUCAGUCCCUGCAGUGUUCCUGCCUGAGAUGCCAUUGUAUACUUGUGGGUGUGUGCCUACAUAGACGGAACUACCUAGUCCCUAAGUUAGGCACAGUUACACACACCUCAAGCCAAGCAGUGUCCACAGCCUAGAUUUCAGUGAUACCUCAAUCUCAAACAUCUGUGGCUGAUGCCAAACAAACCUGAACAUUUUAAAACAGCGUAAGCUGCAUAUUGAGGAUAGUUAGCCUUACAGUCCCUGUUUCAAAGCUUUAAUUUUUUUUUAAUCCAUAUCUUUUUGGCAUCUUUACUCUAAAUUUAAAUCGCUCUGGGAUUAUUGAUAGGAUUAAAAGAAAACCCUCCUGGAUACGCUGGACUUUGUGUGAACGUUUGUAUUUCCCAGAUGAGAGACUGAGUGAGCGCACGUCAAAUCAGAGACGGGUCAGGAUAGAGAGUGUUCAACCUUUAGGUGAAAGUCGCACCUACUGCUGGCUCCUGCUCCAUCACCUGACAGCUUGGCCUCUUCUCCGGGUGGAGGGCCUGUGGGGCGUCGUUUGCCAUGGCUACCAACAGAGAGCGUCAAGUGGGUCACAUGACCGGUUUUCCACCCGCCGUCUAUCCCUUUGCCUUCAACUCCAUCCGAAGCCACUCCCCCUUCGAUCUCCUGGCCAAUGGGAGUCUCUUCGGCAGAUUUGGGGCGGACCUCCCCAAAGAGAUGGCUGCUUUAUCGGUGGAGACCCAGAGUACCAGUUCAGAGGAGAUGGUGCCCAGCUCACCCUCGCCACCCCCCCCUCCCCGUGUCUACAAGCCCUGCUUUGUGUGCCAGGACAAGUCCUCUGGGUACCAUUACGGGGUCAGCUCUUGCGAGGGCUGCAAGGGCUUCUUCAGACGGAGUAUCCAGAAGAACAUGGUCUACACCUGCCACCGGGACAAGAACUGUCAGAUCAACAAGGUCACACGCAACCGCUGCCAGUACUGCCGGCUCCAGAAGUGCUUCGAGGUCGGCAUGUCCAAGGAGGCUGUACGGAAUGACCGCAACAAGAAGAAGAAGGAUGUGAAGGAGGAGGUAGUGGUGCCGGAGAGCUAUGAGCUGAGCUCAGAGCUGGAGGAGCUGGUCAGUAAAGUCAGCAAGGCUCAUCAGGAGACCUUCCCCUCGCUGUGCCAACUGGGCAAAUACACCACUAACUCCAGCGCUGAUCACCGGGUGCAGCUAGACCUGGGGCUGUGGGAUAAGUUCAGUGAACUGUCUACCAAGUGCAUCAUCAAGAUCGUGGAGUUUGCCAAGAGACUGCCAGGAUUCACCACACUCACCAUUGCUGACCAGAUCACUCUGCUCAAGGCUGCCUGCCUUGACAUCUUGAUGCUGCGGAUUUGUACUCGCUACACGCCAGAGCAGGACACCAUGACCUUCUCAGAUGGGCUGACGCUUAAUCGCACACAGAUGCACAACGCCGGAUUCGGGCCACUCACCGACCUGGUGUUUGCUUUCGCUGGCCAGCUGCUGCCCCUGGAGAUGGACGACACUGAGACCGGCCUGCUCAGUGCCAUCUGCCUCAUCUGUGGAGAUCGUAUGGACCUGGAGGAGCCCCAGAAGGUGGACCGGCUGCAGGAGCCGUUGCUGGAGGCCCUGAAGCUGUAUGCUCGGCGCCGGCGCCCCAACAAACCACACAUGUUCCCUCGCAUGCUGAUGAAGAUCACUGACCUUCGUGGGAUCAGCACCAAAGGAGCGGAGCGUGCCAUCACUCUGAAGAUGGAGAUCCCGGGACCCAUGCCGCCGCUGAUCCGGGAGAUGCUGGAGAACCCGGAAGCCUUUGAGGACAAACAGCAAGAGGACAGCGAAAGCACUCCUCCCGUCCGCCCCCCUGCCGUGGUCAAGCAGGAGCGAGAGGAGGAGGAGGGGGCCGAGAGUGGAACGGAUCCCCCUGACGAGGACGAGGAGGAAGAUGAGGGCCUCAGAGGAGAGAGGGAGGAGGAGGAGGAGCGGGAGUGGGACAGCGAGGGGGAGGCACGGGGACAGCCGUCCAGCAGAGAGGCCGCCAGGAAGAACCUUGUGGGACGAGCACAGUAAUCACCUCAAAAUCACAUCCCUCGUCCCCAAAACCCCACAGCCCUCUCCUCCCAUCCCCUCUCAUAUUCUGCACAGACUGGGGCACUGCCCCCAUCCCCUUCCCUCCAGCCCCACCUUGGCCAUCCCAGAGUCAGGGCAGGAGAAGAGACUGGACCACCCGUUAAACACUCCCUGCCUGGAGACCCAGUCGUACAUCACAGACAAUGACAAGGAGAUGGAAUGAAACAGAGAGCACCUCAUGGAUGGCUGAAUGGGAGAGCUAGAGAAUGAGGGAGAGAAAGAAAUCCUGGCUCCUUAGAUAAGGAGAGACAACUCUUUUUUCUCAUUUAUAUUUAAGAAAAUGUUUUUACAAAAACUGCCAAAAAGGUGAGGCAAAUAGAUGGCAGAGGAUGCCUUACUGCCAUUAUCCUCUCCAGGUUGCAGUGAUGCAAGAAACCAGCAGGGGGCACUAAAGUGCUGCCUAAAAACAAAACUUUCUAAAAACCAAUAAGCCAACCAAACAGAACAUAAUAAUCACUUUUGUAUUGUUUUUUCUUUUUUUU